AUGCCACCGAAACGAAGCCACGAAGACAAUCUGCCGUCGUCGCCGGUGAUGCCGCCAUCGUCGCCGUUUGGAGACGUGGAAGAGGUGGGGUUCAACGAGAACGACGAGGUGAUCCAGGAGGACAUUGACGACAUUGACGAGCUGGCGGAGGAGGAGGCCGGCGAAGAUCUGUUUGGCGACAACAUGGAGGCGGAUUACCGACGACAGGGCGAGAACGACAGGUACGAUGGGGUGGGGAUCGAUGACGAGGGCGACUACGACGAGAUGGAUGCGGCGGACCGAAGACGGAUCGACGAGCGUCUGAACCGACGAGAUGCAGCUCUGGGGGGCCGACGAGGCAACCAGUCGCUUGGAGACGCCUUCAUGGACGACGACUCCGUCUCGGAGAUCCCUACGUCUCUUCGUCGACGUCACAGAUACGAGGAGAUGGUGGAAGACGAUCCGUUAACCGAGGAAAUGUCUCUCGAACAGCUGGCGGAUAUCAAGGCGCCCACUAUUGCCAAGUGGGUGCAGGUUCCGGCGGUCGAUCGAGGUAUCGCCUCUCAAUUUCGGCAGUUUCUGCUCACCUUCACCGACGAAAAGGGCCGGUCGGUCUACGGAAGCCGCAUCCGGGUUCUGGGACAGGACAACGCCGAGUCGCUGGAGGUGUCUCUGGUGCAUCUGAUGGAGGCCAAGGGCAUUCUGGCGUGGUUUGUGUGUUUUGCACCCACCGAGGUGCUUCCCAUUUUCGACAGAGUCGCCAUGGACUGUGUGGAGCUGCAGUACCCGGACUAUGCCAUGAUCCACGCGGAGAUCCACGUGCGGUUGACGGACCAUGCUUCGUCGACCAAGCUGCGGGAUCUGCGAGAAACCAACAUGGGCCAUCUGGUCAAGGUCUCGGGAGUCGUCACCAGACGAACUGGUGUGUUCCCCCAGCUCAAGCUUGUCAACUUUGACUGUGUCAAGUGCAAGACGGUGCUGGGUCCGUACGCUCAGGAGUCGCACCAGGAGCUUAAGUUGUCCUUCUGCCACAACUGCCAAUCUAAGGGCCCGUUCACGGUCAACUCGGAAAAGACGCUGUAUCGAAACUUCCAGAAAAUGACUCUCCAGGAAUCGCCCGGCUCGGUGCCUCCCGGCCGACUGCCCAGACACAAGGAGGUGAUUCUGCUGUGGGAUCUGAUCGACACCGCCAAGCCCGGAGAGGACGUGGAGGUGAUUGGCACUUACAAAAACUCGUACGACGGCGGUCUGAACGCUAAGAACGGGUUUCCGGUGUUCGCCACCGUCAUUGAGGCCAACUCGGUCAAGGUGACCCGGGAACAGCACGCCAUCCACGAUAUGGACGCGAUUCGACAGCUGGCACGCGACAAGAAGAUUGUCAACCGAAUCAUCUCGUCCAUUGCCCCCUCAAUCUACGGCCACAGAGACGUAAAGACCGCCAUUGCCUGCUCCUUGUUUGGAGGAGUGGCCAAAGACGUGAAUGGAAAACACUCGAUUCGAGGAGACAUCAACGUUCUUCUUCUGGGAGACCCCGGUGUGGCCAAGUCGCAGAUUCUCAAGUACGUGGAAAAAACGGCGUUUCGGUCCGUCUUCUCCACUGGCCAGGGAGCCUCAGCCGUUGGUCUGACCGCCUCGGUGCAUAGAGACCCCAUUACCCAGGAAUGGACUCUAGAAGGAGGAGCUCUGGUGUUGGCAGAUACAGGAACAUGCCUGAUUGAUGAGUUUGACAAGAUGAACGACUCGGAUCGAACAUCCAUUCACGAGGCCAUGGAGCAGCAGUCCAUCAGUAUUUCCAAGGCCGGUAUUGUCACUUCUCUCAAGGCCCGAUGUGCGGUGAUUGCCGCCGCCAACCCCAUUGAGGGCCGCUACAACUCCUCGUUGACCUUUUCGCAGAAUGUGAAUCUUACCGAGCCCAUUCUCUCGCGAUUCGACGUUCUCUGUGUCGUCAGAGACACGGUUGACGCCGAGCAGGACGCCUUACUGGCCGACUUUGUCUGCUCGUCCCAUACCCGGUCUCAUCCUCAAGCUGGAACCGCCCAGGUUCCUGCCGCCGAGGAAAUGACCAACAUUGACGGAUACGACAUUAUUGACCAGGAUCUGCUCCGAGCGUACAUUGGAUAUGCGCGGUCGAUUCGGCCCAAGUUGUAUCACGUGGACCAGGACAAGAUUGCCCGUGUUUACGCCGACAUGAGACGGGAGUCGCUCCAGACCGGCUCCUUCCCCAUUACCGUCCGACACUUGGAGUCCAUCAUUCGUCUUUCGGAAGCGUUUGCCCGAAUGCGCUUGUCUGAGUUUGUCGCCAAGGGAGAUAUCAAUCGGGCCAUUAGAGUCACAGUGGAUUCGUUCAUUGGAGCUCAAAAGGCGGGUCAGCGGGGUGCCUUGCGACGGGCUUUCCUGAAGUACACUAUCUAG